UGGCAUCCCAAAAAUCUUUUUGCAACCGCGAGCCCGGCGCGCGCAUGUUUCGCUCUUUGCUAUAAAAUUCAGGAGUUUGCAAUAAAUAAUGGCUUCGACUGUAAACUCGAAGCAAACAGCCGUAAACGGUGAAUUACAGUCGAGUACACAACCGUGUCCGUGCGAAAUACCUAAAAUGGAAAAUAAAGUUGCCGUUGUUUUGGGUGCUCAAUGGGGUGACGAAGGAAAAGGAAAAGUUGUGGAUUUAUUGGCUGUUAACUGUGACAUCGUGUGCCGUUGUCAGGGUGGUAACAAUGCUGGACACACCGUAGUCGUCGACGGCAAGGAGUUCGAUUUCCACUUACUACCAAGUGGUAUCAUCAAUCCGAAAUGUAUCUCCCUUAUUGGCAACGGCGUGGUUAUCCACCUCCCUGGACUCUUCGAAGAGUUGAAGAAGAACGAGUUGAAAGGCAUGAAGGGCUGGCAGGACAGACUGAUCAUAUCAGACAGAGCUCACCUCGUCUUCGACAUGCACCAACAGGUGGAUGGUCUUCAAGAGGCUGAGAAGGGCAAGAACUCGUUAGGUACCACAAAGAAGGGCAUUGGUCCAACUUACUCGUCUAAGGCCACCCGUAAUGGACUGCGGAUAGGAGACCUACUCGGUGACUCCGCUAUGUUUGAGGAGAAGUUCCGCACUCUAGCAGCUAACUACAAGAGAAUGUUCCCAUCUCUCGAAGUAGACAUUGAUGGUGAACUGGCUCGCUAUCGUGAGUACGCUGAGAAGAUCAGGCCUAUGGUCAGAGACACCGUCUCCUAUCUCCACAAGGCCAUCGGGGAAGGAAAGAAAGUAUUGGUCGAAGGAGCUAACGCUGCUAUGUUGGAUAUAGAUUUUGGUACCUACCCGUACGUGACGUCAUCAAACUGCAGUAUCGGUGGAGUGUGUACCGGCCUGGGCCUGUCUCCGCGCGUCAUCGGCGACGUGCUCGGCGUCGUGAAGGCGUAUACGACACGUGUUGGCGACGGACCCUUCCCUACUGAGUUGCAUGAUGAUACAGGCAAACUGCUACAGGAGCGCGGUCACGAGGUGGGAGUGACGACGAAGCGCGUGCGGCGCUGUGGCUGGCUCGACCUCGUCGUCGUGCGGUACACCGCCAUGGUCAACGGGUACACCUCGCUAUGUCUCACAAAGAUGGACAUCCUAGACACGUUGCAGGAGAUCAAGAUCGGCGUAGCGUACAAGCUGAACGGCAAGAAGAUUGAAUACUUCCCUUCGUCGAUGACCGAGCUCAGCAAUGUGGAGGUGGAGUACAUCACGUUACCUGGAUGGGCGUGCAGUAUAGAAGACGUGCGGGAACUGAGCAAGCUGCCUGAACAAGCCAGGAACUACGUGAAGGCCAUCGAGAACUUCCUACAAAUACCUGUUAAAUUCAUCGGCGUGGGCCAAGGCCGGGAAUCCAUCAUCAGCACGGAUGAAGCUUAACGUUGAAGCGGUACUCGCCACCUAGUGUCACUAGCGUAUAUAUUGUUGUUACUUUAUAAGUAAGGCACGGGCUGUGAGAGUUACGUCUUUGUUGCGCUCAUAACACGUAAUAGUAACAUUUCAAUGCUUGAAACGUUUAUCUAAAACUUUUCAUUACCUAUGUUUUCAGUUCUUAAGACAGUGAUAAUGCUGUUGCCGAACGGAAUCCAAAAUCUAAGGAUUUUAUCGAUUUUUUACAUUAGAUGUAUGGAUUUCCUGCCGAAAACAGAUGGAUUCAGGUAUUUUGGAUCGGUUCCAGAAAUCUCGUAAUAAAUCUUUGAAAAAUUUGAGUUUGCUAUUGUUAUGUGAUGAGCGCAAAAGAGACCGAAUUCCCAUAGCUCCUUGCUGGCUUACCUAACAGUUGUUUAAUCAGGCAACAUAUUAAUGUAAUGUACUUAAGCCCCUUAGCUAAUUCAAAUCUUUUAUAAAAUAAGGGCUUAUCAAUUAGCCUGUCACUGGAAUUGAUAUUGCAACACCAAUUUUAUGACAAUAUACAUUGUAGCGUGUUUAAAAGAGAAGAAGCCUUGCCUUGAAUUGAUAUUUUUUUAUAUUUGCCUAUUCAACCGAUGACAUUAUUAGCAAAUACACUAAAUGUCUUACUACUACUUCUAAGCUAUAAUUAUAGCGUGCUCCCGUGUAUUUAGAGGUAGUUUCAACUACAAAGUUUAAGGUGCUUUCAUAAUAAUUAUUCAUAUUAAAUUUUCACAUCUUUAGCGAUUACGCACGCUGUAAAAUGUGAGAGCACCUUAAAUUAUUGAGAUCGUAAGCCUGUUUUGGACCAUAAGCUAAACUUAAGUGACAAAGUACUUAUAAAACAAAGCUAUGUUCGUAUGUUACGUACUAGUUUUGCUCUUGGCCCGUAAUGGGCUUCGUACCUAUCUCGAAUACUAAAAUCUCUAACAUUUGUAGUUGAAACAUUACUAAACAAGCUUACUUCACUAGUCAAUAAUUGAAACAUAAGGUGCAGGUUUUAUACAAGAGUUAUAAUUCAGUAUUGUUCAUUGAAACUAUAGCAUAUGAGCUCAGGCCAAGAUAUAUAGGCUUCAUAUUUGCUAUCACUGUUACACUAUAGUUUUCUAUGUAUGUAAAACAGUGAUAGAUAUAUGAAUGUUUGUCUUGACCUAUGUAGCAGAUAAAUCUUGCCUCUGGACUUCUUUAUUAUAAGAUGUGCUAGUUCAUUGUUAUCGUGAUAGGAUUUUGGAACUUAUAGUUGAAAUAUUUAGUAUUGUGUAAUUAUGUUUCUAUCUGAAAGUAGGUGUAACUUGAUACUUUUAGUUUGUGGGUUAAACUAUAGGCAAGUUUUUAUCUUGGUAAAGUCACGUAGCUAUGCGAAUAUAUCGUCUAUAUGUAAUUAGCAAAUUUUUAAUAUGUACUUAUGUAUGUGUAAUCGUGAAUUUUAUAGAAUAUUAUAUUAUAUUCCACUGUUAAGAGAAGUACCCAGGGCAAUCUUACACUGACUGCAAGCUACUCGUACAUCGGAUUUAGUACAAAACACUGUUUAUUGACGGUAUUUAUUGGCGGCGAAAUGCCAAGUUUCCUUUCGCAGCAAUAAUAGGAUAAUUAAUGUAUAAACAAUCUGUUAAGGUGCGGUCGACACGUUAGGCGGCGUUAUUAUACUUGUAAAGUAUUAUUAUAAAGACACCAAGGCUUAAUUAUUCCUAAUGUUUAUUUUUAGUUCACUUGUUCUAAGGUGUCAAUUUUCGUUCCAGGUUCAACACAAAUGUUAGCAUCUCGCUAAUUAAUAAGGUUUAUAUAAGCACGAUAUCACAAGAGAACCCUGGAACGAUAUUCUUUCUCUUUUUAUUACUUAUUUUUUUCUAAGUUGACAACGUCAGUUUUUUGCACAAACGAAAUAGCAAUAAUGUUGAAUAAAGACCUUUGUAGUGUUAAUAUUAUUAAUAUUUGGUUGAAAUCAAUACUUUUUACUAACUUUUUUAUUUACGGCUAUACUGCUACAGCUUGUAUAAUCGUGAAAAGCGUUGAAGCAAUUUAGACUUUAUUUUAAUAAUUUAAUAAAAUUUUACAAAGGCCCAUUCCAAAGAUCUUUUCAAAUGAAAUAUUUUAUGUACUUAUUUUUAACGAAUCAUCGUUUUGCUUCUACAUUCUGUGAGUCGUGUUUUAUGUGAUAUAAUUGUGUAUAAUUAUUGGAGAUGUUUACAUUAAUAUAGUACUUCCUAUUAUAUCAAUGUAAGUAUUUGAAUACAGUUAAUAUGCCAAUAAAACGGUUUAUUCUUUUA